AUGUCGUGUUCACAGAUAGCGGUCGAGUGUUCCAAGGAGCGUUUUAGACUUGUUUAUCCUCAUGUAAACGUAUUCUAUCAGUGGAGAUACAUAUGUCUUGGUCGCGGCAAUACAUUCACAUUAUACCGAUCCUUUUUCGCUCUCAUCUUUUUAACACUGCUUAUUCUGGACUAUAUUUGGAUAAUUUUAUUGACUCCAAGAUUUCCAGACUUUCUAUCAUGGUGUUUGGAUGCAUCACAAUGGGCACUGUUAGCCACAUCACUAUGCUAUAUUCUUCUGGCCUUUAAUACCAGGUUUAUAUCAAGAGAAAGCAAUGGAUUGAAUAAUGAAAUUGUUAAUGCUCCAUAUAAAUUCGUUUGGUUAUUAUAUACAUGCAGUAUAAAUGCAGUCUUUUCAACUAUGACUCUUCAUUGGAUGUUUAGUGGGAAUGGUUCUAAUCUUGAACAAACAUUGAAACACAGUCUCCCUGGUUGUUUAAUAUUAAUCGAUAUGUUUUUAACAAGUAUACCAUUGUAUUUAUGUCAUGCCUUCUAUCCUGUUAUUGUUUAUCUGCUUUAUUUAGCUAUAUCAACAUUAGGAUUAUAUUUAGCUUAUACAUUUGGUAAUUUAGAUAAAACAAUCGACUCACCAUCAAAUCCAACUGUAUUAAUCGGUGGACAUGCUUUGUUAGCUAAUGGUUAUCAAGAUUUUACAAAUAUCCCGCGUAUAUUUAUUGUAUUAUUCGGGGCUAUCUCUAUCGGUAUAAUGAUACAUUGUGUCCUGUUAACCUUGUGUAUAACACGUGAUUUCUUAGCAAGUCUAUGUCAACAGAGUACCAGCAUGUGGUUAGGCGAAGACGAAGAUGAUCCAUAUUUAAUUGAUAAUAGUACAAUGGAUUUAAUGAGUAGACAGUCAUCAACAUCACUUGUUGUCAAUACGAAUAAUAACAAUAAUAAUCAUAGUGAUAAUGAAAAACGCAAAUGA